AUGGUGGUAAAACAUAUGAUGCACGGACCAUGCGGUGCUCUCAACCCGAAGAAUGUUUGCAUGCAAGAAAACGGAUGCAAGUGCAGAUACCCACGGCCGUUCAAUGAGAACACAACACAGGGGAAGGACUCAUACCCAGUUUAUCAGCGUAGAGACGAUGGAAGACGUGCUAAGGUCCGAGGGAAGAUGUUGGACAACAGAUGGGUUGUGCCUUAUAACCCAUACCUUCUGCGGAUGUUCAAUUGCCACAUCAACGUUGAGGUCUGCUCUAGCAUAAAGGCCGUCAAAUAUCUUUACAAGUACAUUUACAAGGGCCAUGAUAAGGCUUCUUUCAGCAUCGACCAGCCCGACGCCGAUGGUAACAUUGAUGAGAUCAAGAGAUACGUUGACGCAAGGUGGGUCACCCCUCCGGAGGCUAUGUGGAGGAUAUUUGGCUUCCCACUUUGCGCCAAUUACCCGCCUGUCUUGCAGUUGCCUCUUCAUAUCCCGAAUAUGCACAGGGUUGCAUUCAAUGUGCAGGCUGACUUGAAGAAUGUUGUCGCCUCCGAAAAUGCUUCAAAAUCCAUGUUAACGGAGUAUUUCAAGGCUAACCAGGAACACCCUCGGGCUAGGCAUAUAUUGUACAAGGAUUUUCCCGAAAGCUUUACGUGGCAGAAGAAAAAGAAGUUUUGGAAGCUGCGCGUCGAGCGUUUUCAAAUAGGUCACAUCGUGUCUGCCAAUCCUGCCAAGGGGGAGCGAUACUACCUACGUGUGUUGCUAAACCAUGUUACGGGCAAAACAUCCUUCGACGACUUGCUCACCGUGGACGGCGUGCUAUGUGGGAGCUUUAGAGAGGCUGCUGGAAGGUUGGGACUCAUCGAGGCAGACAACAUGCUCGACGACUGUCUUAAUGAGGCUGAGCAGUGGGCGAUGCCAUGUUCUCUUAGGAGGCUCUUCGCAACCAUCUUGGUGCACCGCGAGCCAGGCGACGUGCGUGGUUUAUGGGAUCGGCACUUCGAGCCUAUGUCAGAUGACUAUCGUCGAUCACGCACGUCCCCUGACAAGGUGGAGCAGAUGGUGUUGCUUGACAUUAGGGGUAUGUUGCAGUCCAUGGGUAAAGACAUUGUUGAUUUCGCUCUUCCAAGCAUAGAUGAUGCGUUUGACCCAACCAAGGGCGAGGCAAGAGAGGUCAUCGAGGAAUCAACCGUUGAGUUUGACGUGGAUGACACUAAAUUGGCAUCUUCCCUGAACUUGGAGCAGAGGGCCGCAUACGACAAGAUACUAGGGGCUGUUGAGCGCGGUGAUGGGGGUGUAUUCUUUGUUGAUGGCCCUGGAGGUACAUGGAAGACCUUCCUAUACAGGGCGAUGCUUGCCAAGGUGAGCAGCGAGGGCAAGAUUGGUAUCGCUACCGCAACGUCGGGCGUCGUCGCUUCUAUCAUGCCUGGCGGCAGGACUGCCCACUCGAGGUUCAAGAUCCCAUUGAGUUGCGAUGAUGGAGCCUCGUGCAGCUUCACCAAGCAGAGUGGGACCGCCAAGCUGCUAAGGAUGGCCUCAUUGAUAAUAUGGGACGAGGCCAGCAUGACGAAGCGACAAGCGGUCAAGGCAUUGGACAAUAGCAUGCGCGACAUCAUGGGAAUACGCGACCGGCCCUUUGGACGAAAGACUGUUGUUUUUGGCGGGGACUUUAGGCAGGUGCUUCCGGUCGUCAGAAGGGGGUCGCGGGGCCAGAUAAUUGAUGCAACCCUCCGAAGUUCUCAUCUAUGGAAGGGUAUGCGGCAGCUUCGGCUCAUCACCAACAUGAGGGCUCAUAAUGACACGUGGUUUGCCGAUUACUUGCUAAGGGUCGGCAAUGUCACUGAGGAUGUCGACGAUCGAGGGAACAUACUACUCCCUGAAGAGAUUUGUCUGGCGUCUACAGGCGAGGUUGACGACCUGGAGAAGCUUAUUGACCACAUGUUUCCGAGUCUAGAUGACAACAUGUCUGAUUCGAAUUACAUGACAUCUCAAGCAAUCCUUUCCACGACAAACGACAAUGUUGACAAGAUAAACAUCCGCAUGAUAGAGCGUUUUCAUGGAGAUGAAGUAAUCUACCAUAGCUUUGACAGUGCGGAGGACGACCCAUAUGGCUACCACGCUCAGGAGUUUCUGAAUGGAUUGACUCCAAACGGUCUUCCUCCGCAUGCACUAAAGCUAAAGCUGAACUGCCAUGUCAUACUUCUAAUGAACAUUGAUCCAGCUAAUGGACUGUGUAACGGCACUAGGCUUGUUGUUAGAGGUUUUGAGAGGAGCACCAUUGAUGCAGAAAUCGUGAUUGGACAACACGCUGGCAGGAGGGUCUUCCUUCCUCGAAUACCUCUUUGCCCAUCUGAAAACGACAUGUUUCCGUUCAAGUUUAAGAGGAAGCAAUUUCCUAUAAGGCUUAGCUUUGCUAUGACCAUUAACAAGGCUCAAGGGCAGACCAUCCCGAUUGUUGGUGUCUACCUACCCAAUCCCGUGUUCUCUCAUGGUCAGCUCUAUGUUGCUUUGUCUCGAGCCACCGCGAAGAGAAACAUAAAGAUACUCAUUCAGAAGGAGAAGCCGAAGGAGAAGGCCAACAAGCUAAAGGACAAUCCAAAGAAGCGAAAAAGACCGACCGUGUCCUUACUGACCUCGAUGAAGAACAUCGUCUACAAGGAAGUCCUUACAGGCUGA